GGUGCCGGCCGGCGCUGUGGGCGCGCGCAGCCGGGGGGCUCGGCGGCGGCGCGGGCCGUUGGAGCGCGGUGGCGGUGCCCGGCGGGGCCGCUUUUCCCGCGGCACCGCGCGUCCGCCCCGUCCGGGGGCGGUUCCGGCGCGGUGGGGCCGGGCCGCGCUCCGGGGCAGAUCACCUGUCUUCUGUUCUGAGAUUUACCCAAUUUCUUUCAAAUCACCUGUAAACCACUUUUCCACAGUGAAUGAAACAAAGCAAAGCCACAGUUCAAGAGUAAUAUUGUAUACAGACAUUAGAUAAUGACUUCUUGUCACUUCCUGGUAUACGUGGACACUCUGUAGGGUGGGAAUAGCAGAGGAAUAAGCCAUGGGCGCACUGGUACAUAGAAAUGGACUACCGAUAUGUAUAAAAGAAAUGGCAGCUGAUCUGUGGAAAAGCUUACUUCAGACUGCAAAAGAAAAGAUAAUACAACAGAGAAGGGCAUCACUAUAUGACUGUGCUCAUGGCUAUCAGGAAGAAUUGAUAAAGAAGAAACUUCAGCAGUUUCCUGGGGGGUCCAUCAACCUUUCCAAAGAAGGGAAUGGCAUUGGAAUUCUGACCUUGAACAACCCAAGACUAAUGAAUGCCUUCACAGGCACUAUGAUGCUGGAACUCCAGGAGAGGGUAACUGAAUUGGAAACCUGGAAGGAGGGUAAAGGCCUUAUUGUCUGUGGUGUGGGAAACACUUUUUGUUCAGGAUCUGAUUUGAAUGCCGUCAAAGCAAUGUCCAACUCUGAGGAUGGGAUGAAUAUGUGCAUGUUUAUGCAAAAUACCUUAACCAGGCUUAUGAGAUUGCCAUUGAUCAGUGUUGCACUAGUCCAAGGGAAGGCUCUCGGAGGAGGAGCAGAGCUUACUACAACAUGUGAUUUCAGGCUGAUGACUCCUGGAAGUGAAAUUCGGUUUGUCCAUAAGCAAAUGGGUCUAGUCCCAGGCUGGGGUGGAGCUACCAGGCUAGUGCAGAUUGUUGGCCAUGGAGCCGCCCUCCAGCUACUGAGUGGUGCUGUCAAGGUGGACCCUGAAGGAGCACUGCGCCUUGGGCUUUCAGAGAAGACUUUGGUGUCUUCAGAUGAAACCGGAUCAUUAGAAGAAGCCCGAGCCUGGCUGAGUCUGUACACAGAGGGUCCAGCCAGUGUGAUUCAGGCUGUGAAAAAGGUGGUUACAGCAGGAAAAGAACUACCACUAGAAGCUGCUUUAAGGACUGAGAAGGAUGUUUUUGGAAGUGUAUGGGGGGGCCCUGCCAAUUUGCAGGCAUUGGUUCGAAGACCAAAACAUAAAUGAUGGUCAAUGUAUAAGAAAUGUUCUUGAUCACAAAGCUUUCACUAAAACAGACAUUAAAUUGAUUAAUUUAAGAACUUGUUCAUUUAAACAUUCCUGUGUUUCACGUUAGGCAGACAUAUUUGGUGUGCAACCACAAAGAAAUCCUCAGCAGAUUCUUUAGUGUUUUAAUCACUCAUUGAAUGGAGAUUAGUGAAAUUAGUAUGUAAAGGUAAAUACUGUGCUGAAAAGGGAACUAUAAUUCUUUGGAAUGAGGCUGAAGAUUAUUUUUUGGGGAGUUAAUUUUGUUUUUCUAAUUGGUAUGGAAAUGAAUUGCUUGAGAGAGGAAUUUUAUUUGCAGAACAGGUGCAUCUAAAGCUGCAAAAUGAGAGUUCCCCAACAUGUGGCCAGUGUCUUAAAGCAGCUUUGAUGGGACAAUAACUGGUGAGAGGAUAGUUUUUAUUUUUUCAUCUUCAGCCAAUUCUUGGUAUAACUGCUGAUAAAGUAACCAAGGACUUUGAUUUUAAUGGUGAUUUUUACAGAAGCAGCUCUAAUGCACUGAGGCACUUAGCCCUCGCUUACUGAUUUGGAUCCAGAUCCUUAAAUGCAUUUAAGUGUUUACUUGCUGCUUUAGGAACCAGAUGCCAUCUAACCCUAGAGGCAUCUGCAUAUUCCUGUAAUCUGGAUCUGUGCUGCUGGGCACAUGCAAAGGUGCUGACCUGAUUUCUUUACUCAGGAUCUUGCUGAAAUCUUGGAAGGCUGUAAUGUGUAAUUCCAAAAAAAUUGACUUCUUUUAUUGGAUAGUGAUUACUUCCGCUUCCUUGAAAGACUUCUGAACUAGGACCUAGCCAGACAGGACCAGACAGGACCUGAACUAGGACCUAACCAGAUUCAUACAGAAUAUUUUUGCUGGUAGGGCAUAUUUGGGCUGUGGAAGACCAAAGGAUUUGGAAUUCAGUCUCUACUUCAUGCCAGUGACUAUGCAGGUAAUUAGGGAACUCAGUGGGAAGGGUUUUUUCUUUAGAACUUAGAAACUGGCACUGAACCCCUGCUUAGGCAGAUAAUACGUGAUUUAAAGCAAAACAUCUCUGAGCGGAAAAACAAAUAGACAUAUCCAUGACUGAGAGUUUCCUGUGCUGUUGAUUAGAACACACUUGUCUCUAAAUCAGGCAGGCUUGAAAUCUGAGCCCAGGGCCCAUGUACCCCAGGGGAGUGUGUUAACUAGGAAGCUCUGGGCUAUUUGGCACUGACAUGCUUUCUCACUCUCUGACCAGACAUAACUAACUGUAGGUAGGGGUACAUGGUACAAGAUCCCUUAGCAAAGGGAGUUGAUUCCUUGGAUGGAAAUCUGUGUUAUGGCUUCUACAGUAUGGCAGGACUCCUCAGUUUUAGACAAUGCAGUAACUAUAUGUAUGUUUGAGGAUCCUGGACCAGAUUAACAAAGUGAUUUAGGUUCUGCAUUACCUGUUAGAUUCUUUAGCUUCAACGCAGAUGCUGUGUUCUGCUGGGAGUAUUUCACUAUAUGGCUUUCACAGUCGUGAGUAUGUAUAGCUGAAAACAAUCGAAAGAAUACUGAAGAGAGGGACGAGUUUUGAGCUGGCACCUUACUGAGGAUAAGGAACUUGCUCUGUUCUGUUGCUCCUUCCUUUCUGCUUUCACACCUGAACCUGCUGCUAGAGGAAGACUUGACCUUUAUUUCUGGGAGAAAGAAAUCUGAAGUAUUAUUUUCAAUUUAAAGGAGAGAAAUGGGAGUAUGGGGAGAGAGUACCGAUCUGUGUCCCUUUGCCCUUUUUAUCCAAUAGCUCAGUUGUUGGAAAACUUGAUUCAGUUCCCUCUGCUGCUGGAUGAUUCUUUCCUGUACUUUAGAGGGUUUCAAGCACGAGACUUCUGAAGUAAGGAUAUUUUAACACAGUAAGGCAUACUGGACUGUUUAGUAUCGAAACUGUUCCACUUUCAUGAAGCUCUUAAAGAUUCAUGAGGGAUUCCAGACUGCCAACAUUGUUGAACCUUUACAGGAUGCGCCAGGCCAUACUCGUCCAAACCCUACCCAACCUAAUAAGCACAUCACAUUGUCAUUAGUCCCCAAAAUUGUGUUUUUAAAUUGCAACUAUUUAGGUCUUUCCGAGUAACAGGAAUAAAUUUGCUAUUGCUAA